AUGUAUUUUGAUCCAUCGAAACCUAUAAUAGUCACGUGUGAUGCAUCACCAUGGGGACUAGGAGCUGUAUUGGCGCAUGAAACUCAAACAAUGGGAUAUAGACCUGUGAUGUACGCAGCGAGAACACUGAAUAAGUCGGAAAAGAAUUAUUCUCAAAUUGAUCGAGAGGCCUUAGCAAUCAUCUUCGCUGUAAAAAGUUUUCAUCAAUAUAUCUAUGGUCUCCGAUUCACUCUGGGAAGUGAUCACAAGCCGCUGAUGUAUAUCUUCGGUGAAAAGAAAGGUGUUCCUGUAAUGUCAGCGAGUAGGCUACAGCGUUGGGCAGUGUUAUUAUUGGCAUAUGACUUCCAAAUUAAACAUAUCAGUGGAAAAGACAACUUGGUUGCGGAUUUUUUAUCAAGACUACCGGACCGAACUCAACAGGACAGUGAAGUCGACGAUGUUGAAAAUGAGUAUUCAUAUUUUAAUUUUAUUGUUGAUAAUUCUCAAAUCAUUGAUGUAAGCGUUUUAAAAAUAGCGACAGAAGCUGAUGAAAUUUUGUUACAGUUGGAGUUGUCUAUAGAGAAUAGUUGCGUCAUGUGGGGUCAUCGCGUAGUAGUACCCGAAAAAUUGCGCAAUAAAAUAUUAAAAAUGUUACAUGAGACACAUUCAGGUAUAGUUAAAAUGAAGUCGAUUGCUAGGUCCUACAUUUGGUGGCCAGGGAUUGAUAAUGACAUUGAAAAGCUGAGUAAUUCUUGUGAAAUUUGUUUGAUGAACUCUAAUAAACCAAACAGAUCCACGCUACAUGUGUGGCCUUGGCCGGAAGGACCUAACAUUCGAAUUCAUGCAGAUUUUUUAGAAUUUGCUAAGCGAGAUGCAUAUUUAGUAAUAAUUGACGCGUACUCGAAAUGGGUGGACAUCAGAGCUAUGAAAGACAUAACGGCUCCAACGACAAUAGCGGUGUUCAGAACAUAUUUUGCAAAUUGGGGUUUACCCAUGUCGUUAGUCACUGAUUAUGGACCAACAUUUACAUCUAAGGAAUUUAAAGAAUUUUUAGAGAGACACGGUGUAAUUCACAUGUUGACUGCACCAUAUCACCCUGAAUCUAAUGGUUUAGCUGAAAACGCGGUUAAGUCAUUCGAAGCUAAAUUUAAAUUACUGUUGUUAAACGGAUAUUCCAGAGCUGAAGCACUUGAUAGUUAUUUAUUUUAUUAUAGAUCAACACCUCACGGUACAACGGGUUUAAGCCCGGCGGAAUUACAUUUAAAGAGAAAAGUCCGAACUAAAUGGGACUUAUUAACGAAUAAAACUAGAGACAAAGUUGAAAAUCAGCAAGCGGCUCAGCAAAGGAAUUACCGUGGUAAUAGAUCUGAAAAAUUUGAUGUAAAUGAACGAGUAAUCGUUAGAGAUUAUAGUAAUAAGUCGUGGUGCCCGGCUAUAAUAUUUAAAAUAUUUAGUCCAAUUACCUAUAAGGUACGCACUGAUGAUAACAAGAUAUGGAAAAGACAUGUGGAUCAAAUUAAGAGAUUUAAGGGGGAGGAGAAUGAGGUUGAGAAUAGCGUGGGGAACGAGAUGUCAUUAAGCGAGUCGAGUCAAGUAAAUGUUUCUGAAGCUGAGGUAACGAAACUGGUCGAAAGCGAAUCAGACGUCAGCCAUUCUCGCAGUAAUAGUUUAACCAGCGUUAAGGGAUUGAAUAAGAAGGUGGUAGCUCCACUGACCAGAACAACGACUGUGCCGGUUGUAGCUCGUAAGUCAUUUCGAAUUCGUAAACUACCUGUACAGUUAAAUUUAUAA